UCUUAUUGGUUUUUGAAAGAGAACUGCCCCCGACGUACGUCCUCAAUGCUUGGUAAUGGGAAAUCAGUGGAUUUGUAUAAGCUCUUCAAGGUUGUUAAGGAGAACGGUGGGUAUGACGCAGUCUCCAAAAACCGUUUAUGGGAUCUGGCAUUUGAUGGAGUUGCACGCAGAAUUCGAGGGGUCCUUGUCGGACUGUACUGAUGAAGAGUUGGGAGAUGAGAUGUGUCAACGUUCUGAGUUUAAAACUGAAUAUGAACGCCAGGAUGGUGGGGUGUUGUUCGAUGCUAAGGGAGUGAAGAGCAGGUCUGGAGGGGCCAAAAAAGUUCAGAAUGGAGGAUUUAUUGAUUUAAAUAUACCAGGAUUUGACUUGAAUGAACUCGCAACAACAAUUGAGUUGAAUGAACUCAGUCCAGGAAAUUUGUGCAUUAAGAGUGAGGUAAACAAAAUGCCCAUAUUAUCGGAUGGAGGCACGAAAUGUGCCAAUGAUGAUGAUAUUUUGAUAUUGGAUCCAUCUGAUGUAAAUGAAGAGAGCUUCAAUCGUAAAAGGAAGAGGGAGUCUAUGCAGGGAAUGCUAAACUGGUUGACUGGCAUUGCAAAGAAUCCCUGUGAUCCUGUUGUUGAUUCGAUGCCUGAAAAAUCAAAGUGGAGGUCUCACAGCAACGAGAAGGUCUGGAAGCAGGUUUUAUUGUUUCGGGAGGCUGUUUUUCUGAAGCGACGUGUUGAUUCAAGCAGUGAACAACUGAAUUGGCAGAGACAAAAGAUGCAUCCAUCUAUGUAUGAAGAUCACCUUGAGGCAACGUACAAUCUUAGGGAGAGGUGGAAGUGUGCCAAGAAGCUUAUAUUUGAAAAAUCUAUGUCUGCAAGAGUCUCUUCAGAUUCAUCCAUGGAAACCAAGGGUAAUCUGGAGAAAACUUCAAGUCCUCACAAUGAAGAUUCUGCUGAGAAAGAGCUGCCUGAUUCCUCGAGUGCGCCAUCGGGUAUUGACAAAUGUGGCAUAGUUCCCAUCCCUCUGGGGCCAAGUCACCAAGCUAAAGUACCAGAAUGGACUGGCAUGACUUCUGAAAGUGAUUCCAAGUGGUUGGGGACCCGAAUAUGGCCAUUAGAGAAAGUGAAUCACAGACUCCUGAUUGAGAGGGACCCCAUUGGCAGGGGAAGACAAGAUUUAUGUGGCUGCCAAGUACCAGGUUCUGUUGCAUGUGUCAGAUUUCACGUUUCCGAGAAAAGGGCUAAGGUGAAGCUGGAGUUAGGUGUGGCUUUUUACCUGUGGAAUUUACAUAGGGUCGGUGAAGAUGUUAGGCAAUCAUGGACAGUGGAUGAAGAGAAGAAGUUUAAGGAUGUGGUGCGAUCAAAUCCUCCAUCAUUAGAGAGAUACUAUUGGGAUCAUAUUUUUAAAGCAUUUCCUAAGAAGACCAGGGAAGAUUUAGUUAGCUACUAUUUCAAUGUCUAUCUUUUGCAGCGCCGAGGAUACCAGAACAGGAGUACUCCAAAUGAAAUUGAUAGUGAUGAUGAAGAAUCAGAAUUUGGACCCUUGAGGAAUGUUUUUGGACAACAAGCACAGAAGCCAGCCAGUUCCAUCUUACUAACCCCCAAAAAGUCUCAGACAAAGAACAAAUAGUGUGAAUGUUGGCCAAAUCAGGAAUUUAUUUUAAUUGUAUAUUUUGAAAAUUUUGUUUCUUCACUGCAGCAAUCAUUGGUAUCUGGAUCUUUCUGUUUUGAAUUUGCACUGAUAAUUGCUUGUGGAGUUAAAGAUUGAGACGCAAGGUUGUUAAUGUCUGGUGCAUUUUCGAGAAAUGGGGUGCCUGUGAUGGACGUGGCCGACUGUGAGGAUUUGACCAGCUUGGCAAUUGGAGACUGGAGUUGCUGUUAGUUUGAUUGCUUCCGGAUUUUUAAAUAUACUUUUUGUCCAUUCACAACGACAAAAUCACAGGUAAUCAAAAUUGCAUGUUUCCAAUUUUUUCACCUGGUUCUUUACUACAAGGUCUAAGUUAAAACAGAGGCCUUAGAGGAAUAUAGAGUAGAAUUUUAUUGUAGAGGAUCAUGGAUAAGAGUACAGCUAGUGUAUUUCAAUUUGCAGCCUUUCAUCUGCACAACGCUCGUUCAAGUUUUUCAUGUUUUCACAAUGUGCUAUUGAAAUGGUUUUGGAUCAGGAAUCUGCAGUUUCCUCUGCUGAUUUCUUGUGUUGACUCAUCUA